AUGUCUGACAAUCAGCUGGUAUGAUCACAUAUAAAUAUUUGGUGUGAUGUUAGCCAAAGCCACUGGCAAUCUGCUAGGCUAGCCAUAACUUGUAACAACGUUGCUAGUCUAGCUUGGUCGCCACUUGUCUGAAAUAUGAAGAACCAUUUUGACUUAACAUCUGCGUCCAAGAUAUGAAAUGUUUUCUCUCACAAAUAACUUUGCCCUAAGGGAGUGAACAUUAUUUAUAGUAAGGGUUACAUGGAGAAAAUCGGUCCUCUGAAAAUUAAAAUGGAUGGCCCUCCCUUCAGCAAAUUAAUUUUACCUAGGCUAAACCCUCACUGUACGCUUGAAAAGGCUAAACCCUUCCCUAUACCCAACAUAAUAAUUACAACAAAGUGGAUAGCAGAGAACAUGUAUACCGUUUACCCUCACUUCUUGGACAGGCCAGAGCCUUAGAUAUGCAGUUUUAGCAACUGUUAGUCAUCCUGUACGCAUUACAUGGCAACGCAGGAAUGUUGAUAGCGCACAGGGCUGCGGACCAGAAGGUUGUGGGUUCGCAUACCACCAUGGAUGAGUAGGGGUGGAAAGAUUAAUUUUAUAGUAAAAACAUUGCUUGAAUCUAUCAUCGUAUUUGCAGGUCCGAGAAAAAAAGGUGCCAUUUAUAAAAAUAUUAUGCAGUUCUACAUCAUUUUACAUAUUAGCAGAAUAUAUUUUUUUUAUAAACUGGGUGGUUCGAGCCCUGAAUGCUGAUUGGCUGACAGCAGUGCUAUAUUUAAGCAAUGUGGCCCGAGGGGGUGUGGUAUAUGUCCAAUAUACCACGGCUAAGGGCUGUUCUUACGCGCUGCACUAUGCGGAGUGCUAGGACACAGCCCUUAGCCGUGGUAUAUUGGCCAUAUAUCACAAACCUCAGAGGUGCCUUAUUGCUAUUAUAAACAGGUUACCGACGUAAUUAGAGCUGUAAAAAUAAAUGUUUUGUCAUACCUGUGGUAUACCACGGCUUUCAGCCAAUCAGCAUUCAGGGCUCAAACCACCCAGUUUACAACAGACCGUAUACCACGGGUAUGACAAACCAUUUAUUUUUACUGCUCUAAUUACGUUGGUAACCAGUUUAUAAUAGCAAUAAGGCACCUCGGGGGGUUUGUGAUAUACAGUGCAUUCGGAAAAUAUUCAGACCCCUUGACUUUUUCCACAUUUUGUUACGUUACAGCCUUACUCUAAAAUUGAUUACAUGUAAUGUUUUCCUCAUCAAUCUACACACAAUACCUCAUAAUGACAAAGCGAAAACAGGUUUUUAGAUUUUUUUGCAAAUGUAUUACAAAUAAAAACAGAAAUACCUUAUUUACAUAAGUAUUCAGACCCUUUGCUAUGAGACUCGAAAUUAAGCACAGGUGCAUCUUGUUUCCAUUGAUAAUCCUUGACAUGUUUCUACAACUUGAUUGGAGUCCACCUGUGGAAAAUUAUAUUGAUUGGACAUGAUUUGGAAAGGCACACACCUCUCUAUAUAAGGUCCCACAGUUGACAGUGCAUGUCAGAGCAAAAACCAAGCCAUGAGGUCGAAGGAAUUGUCCGUAGAGCUCAGAGACAGGAUUGUAUCGAGGCACAGAUCUAGGGAAGGGUACCAAAACAUUUCUGCAGCAUUGAAGGUCCCCAGGAACACAGUGGCCUCCAUCAUUCUUAAAUGUAAGAUGUUUGGAACCACCGAGACUCUUCCUAGAGUCUGGCCGCCUGGCCAAACUGAGCAAUCGGGGGAGAAGGGCCUUGGUCAGGGAGGUGACCAAGAACCCGAUGGUCACUCUGACAGAGCUCCAGAGUUCCUCUGUGGAGAUGGGAGAAGCUUCCAGAAGGACAACCAUCUCUGCAGCACUCCACCAAUGAGGUCUUUAUGGUAGAGUGGCCAGACGGAAGCCACUCCUCAGGUCCCCUGUAGCUCAGUUGGUAGAACAUGGCGCUUGCAACGCCAGGGUUGUGGGUUCGUUUCCCACGGGGGGCCAGUAUGAAAAUGUAUGCACUCACUAACUGUAAGUCGCUCUGGAUAAGAGUGUCUGCUAAAUGACUGAAAUGUAAAAUGUAAAAGGCACAUGACAGCCCGCUUAGAGUUUGCCAAGAGGCACCUAAAGGACUCUCAGACCAUGAGAAACAACUCUGGUCUGAUGAAACCAAGAUUGAACUCUUUGGCCUGAAUGCCAAGCGUCACGUCUGGAGGAAACCUGGCACCAUCCCUACGGUGAAGCAUCGUGGUGGCAGCAUCAUGCUGUGGGGAUGUUUUUCAGCGGCAGGGACUGGGAGACUAGUCAGGAUCAAGGGAAAGAUGAACAGAGCAAAGUACAGAGAUCCUUGAUGAAAACCUGCUCCAGAGCGCUCAGGACGUCAGACUGAGGUGAAGGUUCACCUUCCAACAGGACAACGACCCUAAGCACAUAGCCAAGACAACGCAGGAGUGGUUCAGGACAAGUCUCUGAAUGUCCUUGAGUGGCCCAGCCAGAGCCUGCAGAGAAGAAUGGGAGGAACCCCCCAAAUACAGGUGUGCCAAGCUUGUAGGGUCAUACCCAAAAAGACUUGAGGCUGUAAUCGCUGCCAAAGGUGCUUUAACAAAGUACUGAGGAAAGGGUCUGAAUACUUAUGUAAAUGUGUUAUUUCAGUUGUUUAUUUUUAAUAAAUGAGAAGAAGAAAAAUCAAGCAGUUUUUGCUUUGUCAUUAUGGGGUAUUGUGUGUAGAUUGAGGGGGGGGGGGGAACAAUUUAAUCCAUUUUAGAAUAAGGCUGUAACGUAACAAAAUGUGGAAAAAGUCAAGGGGUGUGAUUAGUUUCCGAAGGCACUGUAGCCUAAUAAGCAACUAAUUCUAAAACAUUGAGAAAUAUUGAAAUUUCAUCAAUUGCAAAUUACAUGACCCUCCCCUGGACUAGAUAGAAAACGAAACUCUCCCCUUGACUGAAAUUGAAAAAGCAUGACCCUCCCCCAUUUUCCUCCCAGGUAACCAUCCUGUAAAUUUCGACCCCUCCCUAAGUAUCAGCACCAGUCAUCAUGACUGUCUAUCAUGAUAGUGGUUAAAUGACUAGCUACCAGGAAAAAUGUGCUCAGUAGAUUUGGGCUUAAUUUAGUCAUUGUUGAAUCAUACUGAACAAAUAUAGCUCUGUACUAGUCACCUCUCAACCCUAAUCGUUUCCAUUGUGACCCAGCAGCCUGUCAUUGCAGUUUACAUUUACAUUUUAGUCAUUUAGCAGACGCUCUUAUCCAGAGUGCAUAAAUUUUCAUACAGUUCUAAUGUCAUCUUUAUUUUCUUGCCAGUGGUGCUGAUCGGAGACUCUGGUGUAGGGAAGAGUAACCUGCUGUCCCGUUUCACACGGAAUGAGUUCAACCUGGAGAGCAAAAGCACCAUCGGUGUGGAAUUCGCCACCCGCAGCAUCCAGGUGGACGGCAAGACGAUAAAGGCCCAGAUCUGGGAUACAGCUGGACAGGAGCGCUACAGAGCCAUCACUUCAGCGUGAGUGGAGGAGGGUGCUCACUGCUCAAUAAUGUUAAGGAUACUCAUCUUCCUGUAACCUGCCCUUUAUAGAACUAGCAUAUUUUGAUAGUACUGAAACCAUUCUGUGAAAUCUUUCUCUAUCUUAGUCUCACAACCUUUGACCUCCUAUCCCUGCUCUGUCCCAAUCAGGUACUACCGGGGAGCGGUGGGGGCUCUCCUAGUGUACGACAUUGCCAAGCAUCUGACCUAUGAAAACGUGGAGCGCUGGCUGAAGGAGCUGAGGGAUCAUGCUGAUAACAACAUCGUCAUCAUGCUGGUGGGCAACAAGAGUGACCUGCGCCACCUCAGGGCAGUGCCCACAGACGAGGCUCGCGCCUUCGCAGGUAAACAACAAAAACACAGGAGUAGAUGACAGCUCACUCCGGGGACAAAGAUGGUUAAGAAGACAUCCCUGUUUGUCUCAACUCAAUCUUAUCUCUUUUUAUCCCUCAGAAAAGAAUACGCUAUCAUUUAUUGAGACAUCGGCUUUGGACUCCACUAAUGUAGAAGAGGCGUUCAAGAACAUCCUCACAGGUAAUAGACAGGGGCCACUAUACAAGACUAUUUACAUUAGUUAGUUUCAAGUCAAAUUGUUUGAUUUCUUACACUUGAAUGGAAUUGCUGCUGUAUUAAGGCACCUGAUUUUUCUCUCCACAGAAAUCCACCGAAUUGUAUCACAGAAGCAGAUAGCUGACAGAUCAGCACAUGACGAGUCUCCAGGCAACAAUGUAGUAGACAUCAGUGUCCCCCCCACCACCGAUGGGCAGAAAAACAAACUGCAGUGCUGCCAAAGCCUGUGACCCACAAUACCACCUUCCUACCCCCACCCCUUACUCCUCUCUCUUUUCUCCUGUGUGUUGUACUUCUGCUGUCUCUAUUCCUCCAUGUGUUUUAGAAGUCUCCUAGAAAAUCUGACUUUCUAGAUAACAUUCCUUUCUCCCUUUUUUUCCCUCAUGUUCUUUGUUCGUCUGUACGCUAUCCUCUUCUAACCUCAAAGCUCAUGUCUUUUAACAAGUGAUAGGAUUUUUGUCUAUUUUGUGUUCAGGCUCUGAUUGUGUGAUCCAAUCCUGUAGAAGGAAUGGUGAGAGAUCAGUUUGUCCUGUGCUUCCGGUUGCCUUGCUGCUGUCCUCAAGGUCCCUGUCCUGAGUGUGGCAUGAAAGAAAAGAACAGAGACCUGGGUAGUGACUGACUUAGGCUGAUAUGAAGUGUUUCUGAAAAUGUUGUUUUUUUGUUAAGCCUGUGGCUCACAGAGAUGCCAAAGUGUGGCUGUGAUCAUUUUCAAUCUAAAACCUCAUCUAAACAGUAAAUUUGCAGAGGCACAUUUGUCAAGAUUGGACUUUUCCCAAUUUUAUCAUGCGCUUUGUUUCACUAUUGUUAGCUGCAGCCACUGUGUUCUCUAUGUAAUUAGUUUAUACUAUGAACUAAUCCAGUAGUCCGACUACAAUUGAAAGCAAAUGUGAAUAUGCAUCUUGUGUCCUGCCAAUCAUUUCAAUGGAACUCGCCAUGUAAAAUCAACAACUAAUUCCGAAGGACUCUAACGUCUUCAAAUCACAACACUUAGCUUGCUUGGUUUGGGGAGGAGGCAGAUAUACAGUAACACUCUAUAUCUAGGGUGGAGGAUGCUUUCAUUGCUUCACUCUCUACUCAAACCAUUAAAGCCUCUAAAAUGUUGUUGACAGUGGAAUUUUAAGAAAGGAAGGUUGCUCUUGUAUGGUUGGCUAUAAUGCCUUAUGUCUCCCCUUUCUAGUAGAAUUGCCUGUACAUAAUUUUCUGUCACAGGUCCAACUUUUAAAUCAAUAAAUACAUCUGUUAAUUUGCCAUUUCAUCAAGGAGCAUUGAAAUGAAAUAAACCAAAUUAAUGUCACUUGUUGACAGAUAUUUUCUUUGAACAUCAAGAACUUUCCUCUCAAGCCUUAUAAUGCUGAAACAUGGCCUGCUGAACUUCUAGUGGUCUAGUUAUAUAGUAUAACUAACAUUGAAUGCGUGAUACAGAAAUACAUGUUCACAUAACUGCUAUCAGUAGGACCAAUAUCUCAAUUACAACUUUACAGUGCAAUGUGAGACUUAUUUACAGAUUUUGAAGAAUUGAAUGCAGAAAAUGUAAGAGUGCACUGAAAUGUAAUGGUAGACUUAUGAAAUAUAGACUCAGUUGAAUAAGUUCAAAGACUUAACUUCAAAGUACUGUACAUGCUCACCAGAAAAUUGUGUGUUCAUUAGAUAUUAAGUAAAUUGCAACUUUGAUAAAAUGUCUGAAUUUUUUCCUGAAUUUUUUCCCUUUAUGCCUGAUUACCUUUACAGUCAUUAAUUUCAGUCAUUCUGAAUAGUUUAUUUUAUUUUAGGAAAAAAAAAAUCCCAUUAAGAAAAUAAGGGUAUUUCAUUUAUUUUAUUAAGUGCAAUCCACUAUGUAAAUAUAAGUCGCUUAAUUUGUGAAUGAGUAAUUAAACGUGGAUAAAUACAUUGCCAAACAAAA